GAAACUAUUCUAAACGUAAUCUGUCAAAUGAUGAACAGUUGUACAGUUUACUAAAAGCUCAUAAACCGAUGAUAGGUAAAGUGAUGUCAGAUAAAGGAAUAGAUCACUUACGGUCUAGUCCGAGUAGGAAUUUUAAGAAUCAUUUUUAUUUUCAAUAUUACAUUCCAUUAAAAUAUUUGAGCAAAGACUAAACAUUCGAUUUUUUGUGAAUAACACAAAAUAGACACGCACCGUUCGUUUUUAAAAUGAGAAAUGCAUGAUGUAUUUAGUCUUCACUUUUUACGAUUGCUUUCUUCUAUUUCUGAAAUAACAUAUCUUUUUAGCUUAGCUUUUACCAGAGCUAUUGUUAUGAAUAAUAAUUUAGAUAUGAACUUGAAAAAAAUCCAUUUCACAUGGUCCGAUCGAGUCGAAAUUUUCACUACUGAAAACCGCUUAAAAGAAACUGAUUCUUUCUGCGUGAUUUUCAGUAUUUUUCGAAUAUCUCGAGAAGGAAAGCAUAUUUUUCGAAAAGAAAUGUAGAACCUGAGAUAGGAUCUGGAGCAUCUGUGGUGAAAAUUUCGACUCGCUCUGACCAUUUUUUCGAUGUGUCAUAAUGUGACUGGUUGAAAAGUGGAAUUUUCCGGAAAACCCAUAGAAGAUCAUGUCAGAAAAUUCUGAGCAAAAAUACGUCGAUUUUCUUUUUCGCUCUUCUAUCCCUAGUGUAAAUUUGAGCUCGAUCGGACGUCCACAUGUGGCAAAAAGGUGAAAAAAGAACCAUUAAAGAUAAGGAAUGACCUACUACCGUAUCAUGCUGCUCAGUCGAUCAUCUCCGAUUUUCUUCGAACUUACAGGCCUAUUUAGAGCAAACAUUUUGAUGAAUUUUGCGAGAACCGCGUCUCUAAAAGUUGUUCCGAUGCUGACAGCGUUUUUGAUUAGGUGAGGGAAUUCCACCACCUUGCUUGAAAUGAAUUACUCACCUGAGAAAAAAAACUACUCAAUUUAUAAAAAAAUUUGUUCGGUCAAAAAAGUUAAAGCUUUUUUUCUUUUUUGGUUAUUAGCUAAACUUUUUUGAGAAAAAAUGUACUCAUAAAUUUUUUUGAGUUGCUCAAUAAAAUUUCCCCCACCUUACCAAAGUUAUAUUGAAAACGCUGGAUGCUGAGAUAUUCAACUUUUACGAAAAGCACUGAAGAGCUGAAAUUCUACGAUAUUGAAAAAUCGUCAACUUCAACUUUGUGGAACUCAGUAACGACUUAGAAGAUCAACCCUGUUGAAAAGAAACGAAAUAUGAGGCUGCCAAUCAUAUUUCCAGCUAAACAGCGUGUUGGAUUGUUUCUGAAAUCAUUCUGACAAUCUCAAGUGUUACAUCAAUAUCUUCAAGAUCAAUCUCGGAUACCUCACGAGCACGUUCUUUAUCGAAUACUUUUCAAAUACUGAUACCAUUCAUUUUUAAUUUCUUAGCAUGCUAUACAUGGAGAUUUAGCAUGUCGAAAUAUCCUAGUUUUUACAAUUGAUGAAAACGAACCAUAUCGUUGUCGUGUCAAACUCACAGAUUUCGGUUUUAGUCGGGGUAGUAAUAUUCAUGCAUCUGUAGCUAUCGGAGCACGAACAGCUAUGAAUAUUGUUCCAGUUCGUUAUACAGCCCAGAAUAUUGAUUUUUCGUCAAUUCUUCGUGAAUAUCAAAAGACAUUUGGUCUGAAAGAAACUGGUACACUUGAUGAGCCAACUAUAGAAUUAUUGAAUACACCAAGAUGUGGCAAUAAAGAUAGCCCUCUAUCAUCAUCAUUGUUAGCGUUAGCCAAUUCUAAAUGGAGGAAAAAUCGUUUGAGAUGGACAUUACGCAAUUCAUCAUCACGAAUUUCGCAUGCACAAUCACUCAAUAUUAUACGAGAUGCAUUUGAACAUUGGAUAAAACAUAUACCAUUAGAUAUAGAACAAGUUUGUACAAUAUGUGAGGCUGAUGUUGUCUUUAAUUUUGGUCCAGUAGAUGGUCCAAGUAGAAUGUUGGCUUAUGCAUAUCUUCCAGAAGAUGGACGAGUGCAUUUUGAUUCAGCUGAAAAUUGGAUUGAAAGGUUCGAUCAUAAUGGUACAAAUUUAUUUCUUGUUGCUGUACAUGAAAUUGGUCAUGCACUCGGUUUAGACCAUACUUUAAAAGACAAACAAUCAAUUAUGUAUCCAACGUAUCAAUUAAUACCAAAAGGUGAUAUUCUACGAAAUAUAGACCGACAAUGGAUUACCGAUAAAUAUGGAGUGCUAGAUUUGUACCUCGGCCGCUUUGAAAUGGACUUUAAACUAUCUCCCAUUGCUAGCAGACUGACAUAG